GUCGAAUCACACCGGCAUUAUUUCAGAGAAGUCGUCCAAUUUAUAUUUUCCAUUCACAUAUUAACAGACCGCAUUCCACCGGUAGUUGUGGCCGAACCAAGUACUAAGUUUUAGUUCAACUGUUCUUCCUUCACCGUCAAUAUGCCUAUCGAUUGCUACUACGUUCCUGGUGGAGCCCCAUCAAGAAACGUUCUUCUGGCUGCCAAAGCAUGCGGUGUGGAACUUAAUCUCAAAUACUUGGACUUGAUGAGCGGAGAACAAAUGUCACCUGAGUUCCUCAAAUAUCCCGUGAUCUUCGGUGGAGCCAGUUACGACCCCGACAAGUUGGAGAAGAUCAAAGAAGCCUUCACCUUCCUCGACCAGCUCAUUGACAACAACGACUUUGCUGCUGGCAGCAACCUCACUUUGGCCGACUUGGCCCUCGCCUCGACAGUUUCCACUUACGAGCUGGUAGGAUUCGAUUUUAGCUCCUACAAGAACGUAGCCAGAUGGUUCGAGAAAGCCAAAGCUACGAUUCCUGGAUACGAAGAGGCCAACGCUGAGCCGCUGCAGCAGUUCAAAGCAUUGAUGGAGAAGUUGGCAAAGAAGUAGAUAUGAUUGGAUGCAGUAUUAUUUUUAAGAAAGCGUUGAUGCUCUAAAAUUAUUGAUUUAAACCACUUGAAGUUGUAUUUUACUAUUUUUUAAUAAAACCCGUUUUUUGUAUA